UCAUUAAUAUUUGUUCUAUUAACAAUGGAUCUGAUGACUGUUUGUAAUGAUCCUCCUUUAGCUCUUUAGAUUAAUUUUAGUUGCAGCAGAUUCACAAAUAUACAUAAUAUAAACUCAACUGGUAAUUUGUAUUUCCUCUCUCUACAGGAAGUGGUGACCCUGACACCCUGAUUCCCCCUGCCUCCCUCCCCAAAGUCGUUGCCCCGCUUCCCACCAUCCUGACUGGGUGCCCGUGCUGCCAGCGGUGGAUUAGAGUACUCUGAUUGGAGGCUUUGCGAGGUGGUUUUUCGGUCUGGCGCCGCCUCCCCCAGGGGCCGGCGUGCGCUCCCAGCAGCCCGUGGUGCCCUGCGCCCCCCCCUCCCCAUCACUGCACUCCAGAGCCAAUGCCCAAGGAGGAGGCGCGGUCCGUCCUCCAGGAGCCAUGUGCCUCCCUCACACCAACAACAUGGAGAACAAGUUACAGGGUGUGGCGCAGGGGGGAGGGGCUACACUACGAUCACGGCCAGGAGGCGUCCCACUGGAGCCCUUCAUACACCAGGUGGGGGGUCACACCAGUAUGAUGCGUUAUGAUGACCACACGGUGUGUAAGCCUCUGAUCAGCAGAGAGCAGCGCUUCUACGAGUCUCUGCCUCCAGACAUGAAGGAGUUCACUCCAGAGUAUAAAGGUGUGGUGCUGGUUUGUUUCGAGGGCGACUCUGACGGCUACAUCAACCUGGUGGCUUACCCGUAUGUGGAGAGCAACAUGGAGGGAGGGCCCUGCGAGCACGAAGAGCGUGACCCCCCCGAGAGGGAGCAGCCGCGGAGGAAACACUCCCGGCGCAGCCUCCACCGCUCUUCCUCUGAACACAAGGAGGAUCGGCCCGACAGGAGGGAGUCACAUGACCCAGAGGCCUCUGAUAAUCUUGCAGAGCUGAAGAGUCCACGGCUCGACCCGAAGCUGCACUCGGACGUUCCCUUCCAGAUGUUGGACUGGAACAGCGGUUUGAGUUCAGAGAAGAUCAGCCACAACCCCUGGAGCCUGCGCUGCCACAAGCAGCAGCUCAGCCGCAUGAGGUCCGAGUCCAAGGACCGCAAACUCUUUAAGUUUCUGCUGUUGGAGAACGUGGUUCAUCACUUCUCCUACCCCUGCAUCCUGGAUCUGAAGAUGGGCACCAGGCAGCACGGAGACGACGCCUCCGAGGAAAAGGCGGCCCGGCAGAUGAAGAAAUGUGAACAGAGCACUUCAGCCACGCUGGGAGUCAGAGUGUGUGGCAUGCAGGUGUACCAGCUGAGCACCGGUCACUACCUCUGCAGGAACAAGUACUACGGCCGCGGCCUGUCAAUCGAAGGCUUCCGCGAGGCACUCUUCCAGUACAUGCACAACGGGAAGGGUCUGAGGCAGGACCUCUUUGAGCCGAUCCUGAAAAAGCUGCGCAGCCUGAAGGAGGUGCUGGAGAGGCAGGCUUCCUACCGCUUCUACUCCUCUUCACUGCUCAUCAUCUAUGAGGGAAAGGAACCUGAACGUGCAGCGUCCCACCAGAAGACUCCCGCGGCCCCUGCAGAGCCCCACUGUGCCCCCGGCCCCCACGCAGCCCCAGGCGCUCCCUGUGAAACGGUCAUGAGCAAGAACCCAGACCCGGGGCCUCAAUCUUCUCAGGGGCCUGCUUCCGCUCAGGGACCUGGACUGAUGGCCUCCCCCUCCCCUCGUCCCCCCCCCCCCCGGCAGCCACCCCCCCUGGUGGACGUUCGUAUGAUCGACUUCGCCCACUCCACCUUUAAGGGUUUCCGCGGCGACACGGCGGUGCACGACGGGACGGACCGGGGCUACGUGUUCGGACUGGAGAGCCUGGUCAAGAUCCUGGAGAGCCUGCAGGACGAUAACCUGCCGUAGCUCCCAACACACAGACACACACAGACACACACACACAGACACACACACACAGACACACACAGACACACACAGACACACAC